CCCCUAACCACUACAGACGACUUGACUGACAUUCACGGCACACCUCAGAGGGGUUGUAACCAUGAAGCUGAUCGUCGUUGCGAUUGUGCUGACCGUUCUGGCCACCACCCAGGCCUUUCCGAAGGACAAGCCCAAGGUUGAGCAGGCGCCACGAGUCUAUGGCCUCUGCAACGAUCCAAUUCUCAGCUGGAUGCAAUGUAACAGUUACUGUAUCAGCACGGGGUAUGCGUCCGGACAUUGUGUUCUUCAGUCCUGCAUUUGCCAGUCCUAUAACGGAUUAGCCGUCCCAGUUGCUCGUGCCCCGGUGAAAAACCGCGCCUAGCCUUUACCAGGC